AUGCUGGAUAAGGGGCCCGCGGGGGCCGCACCUGGCCCCGGGGUGCCCGAAUGGCAGUUCUUGCAGUGCUUUGGCGAGCGUACACCGGGCGAGGAGGUCCAGGAGGCUGAUGUCAUAUCAACGGUGGAGUUCGAUGCGGACGGCUCCUACCUGGCGACGGGCGACAGGGGAGGUCGCGUGGUGCUGUUUGAGCGGGUGCCGAUGCAAAAGCAUGCGACACGGCGGGCUGGGCGGCCCGGCGCUUGCGCGAACGCAGCCGCCGCAGUGUGCUCCCACGCCGCGCCCAAAUGA